GUCAACGACAGUGGUUUUCACGAGUCGAGCUCCACGCGCCCCUCGCCCGACGACGACGCAGGCGGCCGAUCCUCCGGCCAGAAACGUCAGCGGAGCUGUGCAUCGUCGGCACAUCAGCGAUACGCCGACGAAUCGUCGGCUCGCGAUAGCCCGAUAAGACGAGAGCGAGAGAGAUAGUCGAACGGGAGCAACGGCGUGCCUGCAAGCGCGACCUCGUCGUCUCGCAACCAAGGCCGACCGCGGAGGCUGCGACGCGACGCGACGCGACGCAACGCGACGCAAUCCGAUACGAUCACGUGGCCGCCGAACGUGUUUACUUUAACUGCGAGGACCUCGCGAGUGUCGGAAUCGUCGACGCUACACGGACUUGCCACGCGAUGUCAACGCGUUCAUUUCGUGUGCUUCAGACGUGACGGGACUUCUCUCUCUCCCAUGGAGCCUGGAUGCUGCGUGCUCGCCACGUCGAGACAGGCUGACGAUACUGUCGUCGAAUCGACGCUCGAUGCGAUAAGGGUGGACACACACGUGGACACUGCGACGGUACGAUCGAACGAGGCACGUAUGGCGAGACGACCAGUUUACCGCAGCGCGCAUGUGAGAAACCGGAAGAUAGAGGUGGGACCGCAGAGAACUGGCCGGACGUCUUGUUUCCGCAUUAGUAACACGUAACCAGGUCUUCCCGACGGGGGUGGUCGCGAGGGUCCGGCGAGGGUGAUGCUCUUGGCGGGCGGAAGUGAGGAGCCCCGGGCGGCCUUCGCUCCCAUCGUGCCCGUCAGGAGAGGUCUUCUUCGGCCGCAGCGGCGCCGCGAGCGGGCCGGACGAUCGCGCGCGGUGCGGCCGCAGCCGCCGCAGCUGCUGCAACUGCAACCGAGGAAGCGGCGGCCAGCGCAGGGGAGCAACGGCGCCUUGCGGUGCACGGCGCUCCUCUAACCGGCAGGCUUAGGAGGGAGUUAUGGUGUCUCGCGCAUGCAAUGACUGUGGCCGCCGCAGCCGUGGCACUGUGGCAUCGUGCCCACAUCUACAAGGCGCUCGCGUGCGUCGUCCUCGCCCUGAUCGGCGUACAGUACCUGCUUAGCGGCGGGGUGCUCGACCGCCGCUCCAUCGAGACUAUCUUCACGAUCAACGCGACCAGAUACGCGGACCGUUCGUACAGAAGCCACCCGCGCGGUCUGAUCAUCUACGGGCCAGUGACCGUGCCGAGUUUGUUCGGCGCUGGCAAUGCGACUUCCACGACGGCGAUACCCCCGAUACUGGCUAAAGGCGUCUCCAAUUCGUCCAGAAGCGAGCCCGCGCCUACUCGCAACCCGGCCAACGGUGGGACCGCGCGAGAGCUCUCGGUGGCGACCAACGCGACCAACAGCAACGCGACGAUGAUGCCACGAUGUCCUCUCAUCCCGCCGAACUUGGUCGGACCGUUGGCUGUCAGUAAAUUACCACCGCCGUCGUUGUCCGAGAUGGAGAAGUCGUUCGCGGAGGUGAAAGCGGGCGGCACGGGUCGACCGGCGGACUGCGUCGCCCGGCAUCGAGUCGCCAUAAUCAUUCCGUUCCGUGACCGUCUGCAGCAUCUGCAGGCCCUCCUCUAUAACCUGCACCCCAUUCUGCUGCGCCAGCAGAUCGACUAUCAGAUCUUCGUGAUCGAGCAGGAAGGCUCCGGACCCUUCAAUCGGGCGAUGCUCAUGAACGUCGGUUACGUGGAGGCACUGAAGGAGAAAACCUUCGACUGUUUCAUCUUCCACGAUGUUGACCUACUUCCGGAAGACGAUAGGAAUUUGUACACUUGUCCUGAGCAGCCCAGGCACAUGUCGGUCGCGGUGGACAAAUUCAAGUACAGGUUACCAUACGCCGAUCUCUUCGGCGGCGUGUCAGCGAUGUCGCGCGAACACUUCCAGCUGGUGAAUGGCUUCAGCAACGUUUUCUGGGGCUGGGGUGGCGAAGACGACGACAUGGCGAAUCGCAUCAAAGCCCACGGCCUGCACAUUUCGCGUUAUCCGGCGAACGUCGCGCGCUACAAGAUGCUCUUACAUAAGAAAGAGAAAGCGAAUCCGAAAAGGUACGAGUUCCUGAAGACAGGCAAGAAGAGGUUUUCUACCGACGGACUAGCCAACUUACAGUACGAGCUGAUCGACAAGCGGAAGCCAAAGCUGUACACGUGGCUGCUGGUGAGACUGACACCACCACAGCCCAGCUGAUGGCUACCUUGGCUCGGCUAAAGGCUCCUGCGCCAAAUUCACAUCCGGCAAAGGAGCUCGCGAUUGUUCGCGCUCGUCAAAGAGCACUCCCUGGGGCUUGCCACUCGUCGGAGUUAGAACGAGACCUACGGUCAAUCAAACAUCGAAAAUCGCGCAAAACUGUUCGCGGGGGAAAGGCGAGCUCUAUGUCCUACGGGAAUGUUUCAAGGACCGUGGGAUCUCUUGCAGCUGAUUCAAUGACGUCGAAGACGCGACGAGCUUCCGAACGUGGCAGCGCGACGGCGAUUCCCUAAUAUUUCGAUCCCCAACUGACGCCACGAAGGCACUAUGGUUACCUGAUGGACAAUUCUACGACGUAAAAUGCAAUGACCUGCCGCGGACAGUAGACUCGAACAGUAAGGUCCGAAGACACAGAGAGAGAGACAAGCUUCUCGUGAACGGUGAAAUUUCGAGCGGUCGCGAUCGGCAAUUAAGAAUCAUCGAGCACAUACCGAUAUGUGUGCGACUAUUCUUCGCAACCGAGAUACGAAAAACCACCGAAUUCACGCCAGUCGCUCCGCAAACGUGUCGUCGAAAGCCGAUUGCUUUCUCAAUAUUCCUUUCUUCCGCUCGACAACGGACAAAAAGUCAAUAAAGCCGAUAGAUUAGAAGCUUAGCUUAAGUAUAUCGUUUGAUAUACUUAAUAAUACGAAAAUAAACGAUUCCCGGGGGUUGAAAGCAGUGUAUAGAGAGCAGCGUCUACGCAAAGUCGAUGCGCGUCAGUGUGGGGUUUUAGGGAGAGGAGAGACGAUACCGCGGAGAGAGAGGAGUCUCUCUCUCUUUCUCUCUCUCUCUUUCUCGAUAUCUCGCCGCUGCGUGAGGGUCUCGCGCGCGUUGUCCCUUACCGCGGAGAAACGAUGGUUAAGGGACGUUGUUACGUGAUAUAUUUUUAUUCCUCAUAUUUUUUUAUCGUAACGAUAGGGUAGAGAGCGAGUAGAGAGUAGCAUACGAGCUGACGUGCCAAAGGAGAAAAGGGGGAGGGACAGAGUGUGCGUGCAUGCGUGCGUGUGUAUGUGUAUGUGCGUGCUAUGCGAAAAAGAAUGCGAGAGAGAGAGAAAGAGAGACCGAGAAGAUGCGAUAAGAAAAAGAGCGGAAGGAAGCCGAGAAGACGAACAAGCUUCCAACGUUCUUCCUCAGAGCCGAGCCACGAUAUCACAUUCGCAACCUGUCGCCGCUCGAUCGGCUGUGACAGAAGGGAGACUUCGGGCAGCUUCCGCUUUCGUGGCUUUACGUGUCCUGUUCGCCAAUAAGCGACCACUGUGAACAGCAAAACCUUGUUAGCGAAUGCCGGGGCUGAAUAAAAAGAAAGAAAGAAAGGAAGAGCACUAUAAAGAAUCAAGAGAUCAUAUAACGGUAACCGGCUAAUAACGAUGAGUCAGCUGAGAUAAUCCAUCGCCAUCUUGAAUUCCAGCGCGAUUACAGCCGUGGUUUAUUUCCAUUCAUACAAUGAAACAUACAGAAACCCAGGAAGAGAUAUUAUGCCGAGGUAGUUAGUGGCGUAACUCGCUCAUCCGAGAUCAGUGGAUCAGAGCCAAUCUUGCGAUUUCCGGCCUCUUCCAGGAUUUGCCGAAAAUUUAUUGCGCGUUCCUGAAGACAGACGGUGGCUCGUUCCCAGUGACGUUUGAGGGCUGAAUUCGGAAGUGCGUGACAGCGGAGAGGAACGGAAGAAGAGGAAGAUGAGAUGUCUGCGGACGGACGCAGCGGUGAAAUCUCCCCCGUAGGCUAAUCGUGCGAGAUAACGCUUUUGGGGCUCCGAAUAUCUCUUCAGGGCCGCGUAUCAUACACAUUCGUACUUCGUGUGACUCGAGCGAGCUCCCGAGGCGACCGGUCGGAGCUUAUUUUUUGUAUCCGGGAGUGUGUGAAUGAUCGAUUGAUGAGCGCGCGCGGCCAUGGGCUUCGUUGCGAUGAAUUGUUAUUUCUGGACCGGCAUUAGCGCGCGAUCGCAGCCGUGAAACGCAAGGAUGAUGUUGAUAAUGAUAAUAAUAAUGGUACUUAAUCACGCUUGACCGAACGUACACGCACACGGGCGUAUGUUACGAGCUGCGCGUACUUGCUCGCGCGUAUCUCGGUAUACACGAUCGAACACGAGAUCCCGCAUUCAGUGUAUCAAUUGAAAAAAUUGUGAACUGUUAAGUACAGCUUCUUCGGAGAACGACUCCGACGUGAAAAGGAAUAGCAAAGAAUAGGCGUCAACGACCAAAGUGAUAUAGUAAGAAAGCAUUGAUACUGCUUUUGAUUAACCGUUGACAUUUGUACAAUUAUUGCCAAAGAGGAUUUUCCCUUUUGUUGACUAAAAUAUCGAUGUCUGUUGAGCUACGCGUUGAGAUUUUCACGGAGGUUACCGACAACCGGUGCUAUAGUUUCGCUAUAUUUCAUUGAUUCGCGCGUAAAGCUCGACUAAUCACAAGUAACGAAUUAAAUAACGUAAUCGAUGGAAAGCUAAAAAAAACUUAGUUAACGAAUAUACGCAUCAUUAAGUGUGUCUAUUCACUUCGUAACUUCGUUGAUUCUAAUUUCAACUGAACUUUGGGAUCCGUGGCAGUCGACGUGUCAAUUGUUUAUUGUUUAUUGAGUUGAUUACGACAUAUGAUUAUUGUAUACUGAUUACCACGGCGAGAUAACUCUUACUUGCCAUUUUUAUUUGCAUCUUGAAAUCAGUAAAAUUUGUACUUGUUCAUAUUCAUUUGCCAAAUUCGCGGUUUUCUUUGAUAAUAACAUCAAGGUGCGAGGACACCGAAAAUGAUAUACGAGAUCGACGAAGGCGCUGCCGAAAAAGCAGCCAGAUACGCGCGAGCGAUGAGGUUUGUAAGCUGCUGGACAACAGCAGCGAGGCGCGGUCAAGACUUAGAACGCAUUAACAUAUCACUUGUCUUGUCAGUAGGGCGUAGUGCGAGGCCGCGCGACGUUACCGCGUUGUUGUGGGCGAGCAUACUUAAGCGUUACAGACGCCGAGAUCACGGCUGUGAAUAACGCAUCCUUUUUCGCGGCGGAAGAGGAUCGGGGAGAAGACGAGAGGAGACUGUUGAGUUUGUGAUGACGAACGGUAUGACAUGAACACAGCAUCAGCGUCCUGUUCCUCUCUCGCAUCGCGCGCGACGAGCACAGCCGAUCGAUACUCACCCCCGCCAUUCCGGGACUGCUUCUUGGACCCGCCCGGCAACGGCAGCGGCGACGCAGCGGCGGUUAUUCAAAACUUUUAGGGCUUAUCGCGUCGUAAUUUGCGUCAUCUUCGACAAAGCCCGGAGAUUUUUCCGUCGGAACGCCACGUCGAUUUUUCUCUCGCGACAACGAAUUUCAGUUCCUCAAGAGAGCCUUGAGGAUUUAAUUUCCUCGAGACUGUCACCUUCCUUUCUUCUUCUUUUUCUUCUUGCGACCGAUGCGAAUCGCGCGACACGUCCAUCGAUGUAUAUGUAUGGGUGCGUUCAGAACACAAAGGUUAUGUAACUGUUGAGGGAUUGCCAUCUUUGGUUAAAAUAUUCUCUUAGAUAUAAGAUAUAUCUAGAAUAUUCUAACGACAGAGAGAGUGAGCGUUCACUAAACCGUUGCGUUUUCUGAACGCAGCCUAUAUCUCUUCCUGUUUCUAGCGAGAUAUCGACUCGAACCCGCUUUUCGUACGCGAGGGAGAGUAUCGUGAGCGCUAAGUGAUAAGCUUCGUUCGAGGUCAUUUGCGACGGAAGUAGGACUCGGCUGAUGUUCGCGUUGCAUGCGGAUGGCACGUGCGUGAAAAAACUUGAGCGGGGAAGUUCGAAGGUGCAGGAUACGCAGGAGAGAAAGAGAGAGAGAGAGAGAAUGGUGUACUAGGCGGGAUGUGUUUUGGCGCGUUCUUUUUAUCACCGUUCCUGUGAUUAAACAUUCCGACGUCGUUAUCUGAUCCGGAGGUAAUCGGUUAGUACGUUCCAUUGUUAUUCUCGCGUGAUUCUGUUUGUUCUCCCUAGACCUGAGGCAGUUUCCUUCUCUCAGGUGGACGCUGUUUACUCGCAAUUAAAUCCAAUGUAAUCUUUUCGGCAAACACGCGAGAAAUUACGCCGGGAAGCGUAAACGCGCACACUCUUCGAACAAAAGUCUGGCAAAAAAGCUGGCCGAUCUGACUGCGGUCGCAUAAAUCGCGAGGAAGUCUGGGGAGGAUAACUCAGGACGAAUUUGUUGCAGAACUAGUAAACCGGUGUGUAGGCUCGUUAAAGAAUUUCUUGAGAGUAUAUAUAUGCUGACAAUUAUUUUUGUUUUGUUUUUCUUUCUUUUCUUUCAUUGUUACGCGUUUCGCUACGUUUAAUUUAAUACGGUGAACGGAGAGUGGCAGACAGGCGGUGUGCGAACGUAUCGUGCGGAUAAUAUUUCAGUAUAGAGCUUAAGAAAACGUUGUACCAUAUUACUACCGUUAUCGAAUAACCGGAAAUAGCCAAGGUAAUUUGUAGGAUAAGCGAGAGAGAGGAAUUGUCUCUAGCGUGCUCCGCGAAAGCGGCGCAGGUCAUAAUCGACAAUUUUAGCGGAGACGUUAAAUAACGGAGACGGAUUUUCCUUAAACUGCUCAGACAAUUGGAAAAUAUCCGGAUCCAGUCGCCGCGUUAAGACCGCUCGACAUCGCGCGUCCAGAUGAAGAAAAUCCCCUUUCUUUGUCCUGCUUAAGCAGGACGUCACCGAAUUAAUCACCUUAUUCGAGACGGCGGUCGUGGCAGUCGAGACGGCCACUUCUUAGACACGAUACUCUCAGCCUGAUGAAUGGAAAGUUCCGGAUUAAAGCGACUUAUGAUUCACUUAUCGCGUAUUUGUGUAUCGCUCGAUUCAGGAUCAAUGAACAACUGAAAUCGGGUGAUUGAUUCGGCGGCUGCUCGCAGUUGUCUGUUUUAUGUUACACUUUGUUAAUUACAUGCGUAUACCGCGAGACCACAAUCUGGCGUAAAGACAGUGUGCGAGUUAUUAAUUUAUUAAUUGAUUUAUUGAUUUAUUAAUUGAUUCUUGGAUCAUCGGGCACAUAAAAAUCCUCAGAGUAUGAUUCACACAGUCGAGUCGGAGAUAAUGCGCUUUCGUGCACGGCGGUCGUUGUCACUACGAAUCUCUCUCGGCUUGCAGUCCGUUUCCGGAGCACGUUGCGUGCAACGUGCGUUGCGUAAAGCAACGUACCGUGGCAGUCUUGGCAUGUAAUAUAACAACCGAGCAUCUUCUUGUGCGGAAUAUUGUAUAGUCGAACACGAUGGAAAAUCUCGAAGGAGGGGCGAGAGAGAGAAUAAGCGAGCGAGAGCGCGUAUUUAGUUUCUCCCCCGUGUUCGAAAAUACGCAAAUCCGUGCGUUUUACGCGUAACAUCCUGUAUUCGCGUACACCAAAUGAAUUUGCUGCGCUCAAUUGCCGCACGAGAGCCUCGCGCGAGGGUGGAGCAGCUGUUAUUCUCCAAUUCGCGUGUCGCUCUUAACUCCGGUCACGACCUCGAGCUCCCGUCGACGUGUGCGACGAGACUUUUAUACGUAUCGCCGUUACCCCGCACACAGACGUGGACUUACGAGGUUCAUCUGUCCGUGAGGGAGAGAUUUUUUCUCGGGGAAUUGUGUGUAGUUUUACGAUCGAGUUUUUACGGUCACCGCGUUGCCAGAGUUACAUUCAUUAAUCGAGGCGUCCUCUUCGUUCUUUUUGUUUUUCUUUUUUUUUUCCAUCCGUCUGUUUUCUUCCUUCGCGCUCGUUGAUUAGCGGAUAUAUCGCGGAGAGUAGCGUUCUCGUGCGGCACGCGUGCCACUGUUAAACACCAAUCAUCAGCAAAGACGAGAUAGUGAUUAAGCGUUAAAUAUCGCGUAAGGUAAUCGCUAAGUAUUUAUAUGACGAGAGGAAAGCGCAACAGAGAUGUCGAGAGGCGCACGAGCGAUAUAAUAUGGUGUGUAAUAUAUUAUACAUACACAUAUACUAUAUAUACAUACAUACAUACACACACAUAUAUAUAUAUAUAAAUAUUUACGCGAUACCGUUGCUAACUAGAAGCGUCAGAGAAUUUUGAAAAGCGGACACGAGGAUUUCCGCAUCGCCAACAACCCGAUAAAACACGAGAUGAGGAGAUGUUCUGGGAAUAUUCCGCGGCGGAAAUAUUACACGAGCGUACAUACACGAUUAUGAAUUUUAUAAGAGUAACUCUCUCUAGCUCUGUAAAAUUGUAAUUCGCGAGAAGUAAGCCGGAUUUGUUCAGGUCUGCACACACAUGAAAUGCAGAGAAGAUACGCCGACACAAUUCUCGUAAACGAGUUGUCGAAAUUUUUGGAUCUUUUUGGAAAUCGAGAUUCUCAAAAUAUCACGGAGAUACCUUGCAUUUCGACUCGAUCGGAAUAUUUGCUGACGUUACUAUAGCUGUGUGUCGGGAUAUUUUCAGAACACGAAGAAUAGUUUCGAGAUACGUUCGAAUAUUCUCACAUCUCACGACGGAAUAUUUUAUCGAAACUGAUCAUUCUCAUCCAACGGUUCGAUUAAUAUUUCUCAAGAGGGACGACUCUUUUUUCCCCAAAGUCUCACCGAUUCUUACCAUCUUCAUCUUACGCAUAAAAGUCUGUCAAGAGAAAGAGAAGAGCACGUGUGUCGCCCUCGACGCUUACAUACACAGAUCUACUAGGAAGAAGAAGAGACAAAACACACUAUUUAAAAGUAACACGAGAAUGAAAUAAAUAAGCUGUAUCCUCGUGUACGUAAUACUUGCUUCUUCUCGAUUUGCCAGAGACAUUUGCCUGGGAGGCUGCCCUCUUUCCACAGGUUACAUUCGUGAUGUAUCGGAACAAUAAAUUUCUGUUAAAGCAUA